CCUGCAGGCAGACGCUGGAGCAGCUGACUGUCGACUCUGAGAAGGUGUUGGACAUCAUCUACCAGCCGCAGGCCGUGUUCCGGGUCCGGGCGGUGACACGGUGCACCAGCUCGAUCCCCGGCCACGCCGAACCGGUCAUCUCGGCCAGCUUUUCGCCCGACGGCCGCUCCCUGGCCAGCGGCUCCGGGGACAAGACGGUCACCGUCACUGGGUGCUCUGCAUCGCCUGGUCGCCCCGACUGCCGCCUGCUCGCUUCCGGCUGCAAGUCGGGCGAGGUCCGCCUCUGGGAACCGGUCUCCGGCAAGCAGGAGGGCAAACCGCUAACCGGACACAAACAGUGGAUCACACACAUCUGCUGGCAGCCCUUGCACAGCUCCGAGUCGGGUCAGUCUCGACUGCUGGCGUCCAGCUCGAAGGACGGUGACGUCCGCGUGUGGGACGCCCAGCUGCAGCGGUGCCUGCGCGUACUGACGGGGCACCGGCAGUCGGUGACGUGCCUGCGCUGGGGCGGCGCCGACCUCCUCUACAGCGGCUCCCAAGACCGCAGUGUACGAGUGUGGGCCGCCACCGACGGAGCCAUGUGCCGGGCACUGCAAGGCCACGGUCACUGGGUCAACACGCUGGCGCUGAGCACAGACUACGUCAUGCGGACGGGAGCGUAUGACCCGGCCAGCGGCGACGUCGGACAUCUAGCGGACAAACGCACAGCGCGGAUGACCGGCCACCAACAGCUGAUCAACGACGUCCGCUUCUCGCCGGAUGCCCGGCUCAUCGCUUCCGCCUCGUUCGACAAAUCGAUACGCCUCUGGGAGGGCAAGACGGGAAAGUUCGUGGCGGCGCUGCGCGGCCACGUGCAGGCCGUGUACAUGGUGGCCUGGUCGGCCGACUCCCGCCUGCUGGUCAGCGGCAGCGCCGACUCCACGCUCAAGGUGGGCGGCGGCACCUUUGUGGUGUUGUGGUCGAUGAGGAGCCGCAAGCUGCAGCUGGACCUGCCCGGCCACGCGGACGAGGUGUUCGCCGUCGACUGGUCCCCCGACGGCCAGCGCGUGGUCAGCGGCGGCAAGGACAAGCUGCUGCGGAUAUGGCGGCGAUAG